CUAUUUAAGUGUCGUAGGAUGCCGCUUCGCGUCCUUUGAAGACCCGACGACCGCAGGUGAAAGUGGUUUUGUGUUUGAUGAUUUUUUCCAACGAAAUGCUACCCGGAAUGUAUUCUUUGUGGCUUUGGAAAUUUAUGUUUUUCGGUUUAUGUCUGCUGAUUAAUGGGGAUAUUGAAGAUGUAGAGGAUGAAGAAUUACUGCCAGGAAAUUAUCCAACCUAUCGGCUAAUACCAAAAACAGAAUUUUCAUGUAUAGGAAAAUUAGACUGGCAUUAUUAUGCUGAUGUUGAUACUGGGUGUCAGGUAUUUCAUAUCUGUCAGUCUCAAUACAACAAAAUUUCAUUCCUGUGCCCUAUUGGUAGCGUAUUUAGCCAACGUAACCUCGUAUGCGAAUGGUGGUAUAAUGUUGAUUGUAAAAACUCCCCAACGGUAUAUCCAGAAAACAUAAGAAUUUUUCAGGGAAAUACUCUUGAUGACUCUGACUUGAGCUUAGCAGCCUCAGGUGGAAAUAACGGUCCAUCCAAGGAAGAAAAAGUCGAGAAUAAGGUCGAACCAAAGAAAAAAGAAAAUAAUAAUAAGAUUCAAUAUAAGAAGUUUUAAUGUUAAAAGAUUCUGUUCUUCAAUAAAUUUCAAAAAUUGA